GGGUCAAGAUCCGGAAUGAAUCUGACAGGUAUGCAUAGCAUCGCCCCUCUUUCAAACAGGGUCGGAUCUAACCCAUCCAAAUUAACCCUACUUAUCAAACACAACCCUAGAAUUUACACCACUUCGCCACCACAACUCAAUGGCGGCGAUGGGUUGCUUAGCCGUUCCCAUCGCCUCCUUAUGAGACACUCUCUCCCCUCCACCACCACCACUUUCUCUCUCUUCACCAGACACACCUCUUCUCUCAUAUCUGUUUUCUCUCCAAUCAGCCCAUUCAUGGCUUACUCUUCCAUUUCCGAAACCCUAACUCCUUCACAAGACCUCGAGGACCGUCUCUGCUCCGACCACCACCAACUACAGCAACAAGAACAACAUGAACUUGAACAUGUACAACAAUCUUCUUCUUUGGGUAGUCCGAGUCGGUACUUGACCGGCGAGUCGCGGAUCGAGAGAGCGUGGGCUCACUGGAAGAAGCUAGGUCAGCCCAAGCUGAUUGUCGCUCCGAUGGUUGACAAUUCGGAGCUCCCUUUUCGGAUGCUGUGUCGCAAGUAUGGAGCUGAGGCUGCUUAUACCCCUAUGCUUCACUCUCGCAUCUUCAGCGAGAAUGAGAAGUAUCGAUCACAAGAGUUCACUACUUGCAAGGAUGAUCGCCCAUUAUUCGUCCAGUUCUGUGCAAAUGAUCCAGACACUUUGUUGGAAGCAGCACGGCGAGUGGAACCAUAUUGUGAUUAUGUUGACAUUAAUUUGGGGUGUCCUCAGCGCAUUGCUCGGCGGGGGAACUAUGGAGCUUUCCUAAUGGAUAAUCUUCCUCUUGUCAAGUCCCUAGUAGAAAAACUGGCUCUCAACCUUAAUGUCCCCGUCUCUUGCAAAAUUCGACUUUUCCCAAAUUUACAGGAUACAAUAAAUUAUGCUAGAAUGCUGGAGGAUGCUGGCUGCUCUCUUUUAGCUGUCCAUGGCCGAACAAGAGAUGAAAAAGAUGGUAAAAAAGUCAGAGCCAAUUGGAGUUCCAUCAAUGCUGUUAGAAAUGCUGUCAGAAUCCCAGUCCUUGCUAAUGGAAAUAUACGACAUGUGGGUGAUGUCCAGAGUUGUUUGGAAGAGACAGGAGCCGAUGGGGUGCUUUCAGCAGAGUCUCUCCUGGAGAAUCCGGCUCUUUUUGCUGGAUUUCAAACUGCUGAGUGGGUUCAAGGCAGUGAAGAAAGCAACGAGGAUGGAAUAUUAGACCAGGCUGAUUUAUUGGUAGAAUAUUUGAAGCUUUGUGAAAAAUAUCCUGUACCAUGGAGAAUGAUCCGUUCUCAUGUGCACAAGAUGUUGGGAGAUUGGUUCAAGAUCCAACCACAUGUAAGAGAGGAUCUUAAUGGACAAUCCAUACUAACUUUUGAAUUUCUUUAUGGUAUGAUCGAUCGGCUAAGGGAGCUGGGUGUGAGAAAACCACUUUACGUGAAGGAAAUUUCUGCAAAUGGAACCGGUGCAUGAAUUGCAGGGUUCCAGAUUUACAGAAAAACUUCCAGGUAUCUGCAAUCUCAUGCAAAGCGGAUUUAUAGCGAGCUUAAUGAUUUUGGCUUGUCAGUAUUUCAGUAUAAGAGACUUGUGAUUGUCAACUCAAUUGCAGCGAUUGACGCCUUACUGAUCAAGCAAAUAUAUCGGAGGGUAUAUGAUCCGAUCCAAAAGAACAAAAAUGGUACUUCCCUUCAUUAUUACACUAUCCAUAAGGUAUUAAUAUCUUGGAAGCUAUGCUUACUCUUGUAUACGCUUCCCUUUUGAGAUUGGUAGCACACAUUUUUCUCUUCAACGGAGCAUUUUUUUAGCAGACAUUUACAUUCUUCUGUAGUCCUGCCUUCUGGAUUCAUUAAAUGUACUCAAAAUUUUCUUUAAUCAUGUAGUGAUAAUAUGAUAUUAGCUUAGGUAUCAUUGUCAUUACGUUACCGUAUAUUGGGAUAUAACAAGUACUCAGUAACUCCAAUUAUUGAUGUUCAAUAUCAAGGAUUCCCAUUAAUGAGAUGUUCUAUUAAAGUGA